CGCAGAUGGUGGCACCGUAUCCAUGGUGUAGCAUCCCACCAUGCAGAGCGUCCUCCAGCUGAAUCUUCCCACUGAUCGCACCUUUCAUCCCCGCCGACCGCACCGCAAGUCCCGUGCCGGCUGUGUCAAGUGCAAGGAGCGACGGGUCAAGUGCGACGAAUCGAAACCCCACUGUCUGCGAUGCCAGAAGCUCGGCUUCGACUGCAGCUACGAUGCCGACUCUAAGAGCAGCGCUAUCGCUGUCUUCCUUGCGAGUCCACCGAAUUCGAAAGCGUACUGCAUGUCGCUCGAUGCAGUGACCAGGAAAAUCAACCAGACCCUGCGUUUAGAUCAAAGCCCCUUGCCUGUCGUGGAGGCAUUACAUCACUUCCAUGAUCUGUCAAACCCGGCCUUCGGGCCGAAGCGCAUGCAAGCUACCAUGCAGGCGAAAAUCAUCCAGCUCGGGUUUGAUUCUCCCUUUCUCAUGCACAGCAUCAUCGCCGCAGCCACCUCCCAUAUUCGCCAUCUGGCUAAUGAUAACCGCGGAUAUGCCCUAUCGGAAACAUACCACUGGCAGCAGGCCAUCACCCAAUACUCCAAGGAGAUCACUACCAUCGGCCCGAAUAACACAGACAGUCUCAUUUCCGCCUGUUUGCUACUGACUGUUCGCUCGUUCGCUCUCGACGAGUACAGCCCGCUCAGCUCGUUUGUCUUCUCGGAUGACCCGGUAUCCCUAAACUGGCUCAGUCUGCAAGCCGGGCUACGCUAUCUUAUCGGGGCCACGGCAAAAUGGGUAGACGGCAGCAUGUGGUGGGAAAUGUUCAUGAGAUCUCACGAUCAGUUUUUGAAUAUUUUUGAUGAUGACCGCCCCGGACGGGUGGCCAUGGACCCGGAGCUGGCUGAUCUCUGCGGCAUCGAUGAUACAACGACUGCAGAGACCAACCCGUAUCACGCACCGGUACGGAUGCUAACGGGGCUGCUGUCAUUGGAACGGGGAGUUAAGCACUUUGCAGCAUACACCGGGUUUAUGGGCAGAUUGUUACCGGAUUUCCUUGAGAAGCUGAUGCAAAAGGAUCCACCGGCACUGGUGCUUCUGAGCUGGUGGCUGGGACUGAUGUACGGGACGGGGAUGUGGUGGGUGCAGACGCGAGCCAAGUCGGAGAUUACGGCGAUUUGCUGGUAUCUGGGGAGUGAGGAGGGAUUGAUCAAGUUUUUGAAGUUUCCUUCGGAGUGUGUGGAGGACAUCACGUUCAUUCAGGAAUUUCCUACGAAUAUGUAG